CCAAAUUUAACACAUCUACACACGAGCGAUCCCGUUGAGACGUCUACAAUACCCAGGGCCCCUUCGCCGUUUGAAAGGCAGGAGAUCGUUCAGAGCACUCCCGCCAUGUCGGUAAGGACGAUAAAUGGGAGGAGGGAGAGUGCAUCCAUAGCCACACCGACGGCGAGAGCAAACGAUGUGGCAUCGAGGAAGGAUGAUACGAUGUCGAAGGACGAUGCUGCAUCAAAGAGGAGCGAUGUAAUAUCGAAGGCGGACGAUGUUGCUUCAAGGGUAGGUGGGGAGAGCGCAGCCACUUCUGCUUGGAAGAAAGCACCUUUGCCUCCCUCUGAAGUUGGUCGGACAUCGGUAGUUGGCUCCACGCAAUCUUGGUCUUCGACGGUUAUUGAGAGGAGUCCCGGUGUUGAUGGAACGCAAACUCCUCCGGAAAACUUGGGAAGUACUCCAGCGAGCGUCACCAAAGGAAAUGGUCCCAGCGUCCCGGUUCUUCAACACGACUGUCCCAAGUUCGCGAGCCCCAUCAUGUGGGAAGGACGAUGCGUCAGAGGCAAAAACCGGAGAGUCGGCUUGGAAGAAAACCCCUUUGCCUUUGUCUGAAAGUGGUGUCUCCACUGCUGCCACACCGUUCGUAAGGCCAACUCACACACCACGUUCGAAUUCUUCCGAGAAGAACCGAAUAUCGAACAUUGCCAGGGGCCCGGCUUUGCCUGAAGAAGCCGAUUUAAUCACAUCGUUAGGGUGGAACAUAGCUUCAGACACUCCAGAACAGCACGUUGCCCUUGAGCCCGUCCCAGACGAUAAUGCGUCUGUGCGCUCGGGCUCGGGAUCUCACCACACCGGACGUCAGUCUGUGGUAGGUGGAGCGCCCAGUUCUCGCACUUCGAAAAUGCGCCUCACCUUCAAUUUUGUCCCCUUGUCUCCUUCGAAGCAGCAGUCGGUGUCGGCUCAGCAGCAUGUGGAGCACCGCGUUCAUGCGCCGCCGACGGAUACUCCAUCCGGAAGAUCGAUGUGGAAGAGUAAACUGCUUCCGAAUUCGGAGACGGCCUCGGAAGAUGGCAAGUCUUCGAAAACGAUUCCUGGAAUACCGGUCCCGAUUGAAUUUGGGCCGCCUCCUCAAUCAAUCACCGGACGUUCACACAAGGCUCGAUCUAUAGUUACUCCGUCCAAUGCCAGCAAUGUGGACGUCGCUGAAAAGGGGCCUGCCCAUCCUGCUCUUUCCCAUGCUUCCACCCCGGGACCAUUUGGUUUGAAGACUGAAUCUCUGGAUCCUCUUGCUCAUCCAGGCUCUAUUGACACUGCUCCUCCCGCUGUUGGCCGGUAUACACCAACGUCUCCGGAGACUCGGAGCAUGUCAUUUUAAUGGGCAACCGGAAAUAUCAUCCGCAACCGAGACCCCACAAGAUGAUCGAACAACUUCAGAAUCGCAACAAACAGCGAAGAUUGUCCCC